AUGACUGAUACCUUCGCUUCUACAUCAACGGAUAACAGUGAGGAAAAUUUGGUUGAGUCGCUUACAUCACAGGUUGACGAUGAAGCCAUUACUGAGAUCAUACGAUUGCAAAAAAAAUCGUUAACACAUUUCGAGAAAACAAAUGAGAUGCUAACAAAUUGCUGUGGAUUAUCGGCUAACAGACUUGAAAAAGCACGGAGAGAUUUAGCCGAGAACAGACAAUUAAUAUUGGAAAUGAAAUCGGAUUUGGAAUCUAUUUUUCGGCGAAUACGUAUUUUUAAACAGAAUUAUAUUACUAAAUAUGCUGAUAUUUAUAAAUAUUUUGAGCAGCAGUACCGUGAUGAAGAAAAAGAAGAGUAG